AGAAGGGAGGGGCAACAAGAGAGUGGGGCUGGGGGCGGGAAGAUGGUUUAACAGUCUACCCUGCACAGCGUCAUCUUGUCUCCCUAACAGGAAGCAGGCUGUGAGCCAAGGGGAAGGCAGAGGACAGAAAUGAAUGUGUUUCCAGGCUUUCUUGGUGGUUUAUGGCAUUCUCCAAACUCCUAUGCAAGGGCUAUUCCUGACAAAGAAGAUCUAAAGAGAACGUCUCUGAAAUCAAGUCCGGAUGAAGAAUUAAGAGAAAAAAAGUGAAUAUGGUUUUUGCUCACAGAAUGGAUAACAGCAAGCCACAUUUGAUUAUUCCUACACUUCUGGUGCCCCUCCAAAACCGCAGCUGCACUGAAACAGCCACACCUCUGCCAAGCCAAUACCUGAUGGAAUUAAGUGAGGAGCACAGCUGGAUGAGCAACCAAACAGACCUUCACUAUGUGCUGAAACCCGGGGAAGUGGCCACAGCCAGCAUCUUCUUUGGGAUUCUGUGGUUGUUUUCUAUCUUCGGCAAUUCCCUGGUUUGUUUGGUCAUCCAUAGGAGUAGGAGGACUCAGUCUACCACCAACUACUUUGUGGUCUCCAUGGCAUGUGCUGACCUUCUCAUCAGCGUUGCCAGCACGCCUUUCGUCCUGCUCCAGUUCACCACUGGAAGGUGGACGCUUGGUAAUGCAAUGUGCAAGGUUGUGCGAUAUUUUCAAUAUCUCACUCCAGGUGUCCAGAUCUACGUUCUCCUCUCCAUCUGCAUAGACCGGUUCUACACCAUCGUCUAUCCUCUGAGCUUCAAGGUGUCCAGAGAAAAAGCCAAGAAAAUGAUUGCAGCAUCGUGGAUCUUUGAUGCAGCCUUUGUGACCCCUGUGCUCUUUUUCUAUGGCUCCAACUGGGACGGUCAUUGUAACUAUUUCCUCCCUUCCUCUUGGGAAGGCACUGCCUAUACUGUCAUCCACUUCUUGGUGGGCUUUGUGAUUCCAUCUGUCCUCAUAAUUUUAUUUUACCAAAAGGUCAUAAAAUAUAUUUGGAGAAUAGGCACAGAUGGCCGAACCGUGAGGAGGACAAUGAACAUUGUCCCUCGGACAAAAGUGAAAACUAUCAAGAUGUUCCUCAUUUUAAAUCUGUUGUUUUUGCUCUCCUGGCUGCCUUUUCAUGUAGCUCAGCUAUGGCACCCCCAUGAACAAGACUAUAAGAAAAGUUCCCUUGUUUUCACAGCUAUCACAUGGAUAUCCUUUAGUUCUUCAGCCUCUAAACCUACUCUGUAUUCAAUUUAUAAUGCCAAUUUUCGGAGAGGAAUGAAAGAGACUUUUUGCAUGUCCUCUAUGAAAUGUUACCGAAGCAAUGCCUAUACUAUCACAACCAGUUCAAGGAUGGCCAAAAAAAACUACGUUGGCAUUUCAGAAAUCCCUUCCAUGGCCAAAACUAUUACCAAAGACUCGAUCUAUGACUCAUUUGACAGAGAAGCCAAGGAAAAAAAGCUUGCUUGGCCCAUUAACUCAAAUCCACCAAAUACUUUUGUCUAAGUUCUCAUUCUUUCAAUUGUUAUGCACCAGAGAUUAAAAAGCUUUAACUAUAAAAACAGAAGCUAUUUACAUAUUUGUUUUCACUCAACUUUCCAAGGGAAAUGUUUUAUUUUGUAAAAUGCAGUCGUUUAUUGUAGUUUUUGUGGGUUUUAUUUUACUUGCUUUUUAUGUUUUAGGAAAAGCGUUCACUUUGAACUAUAGCCAACAGUCCUUUUACUAUUAAUAUAUUAGUUACAUGCAUAAAAAAGAAAAUGCUUUCUUACUUCUAAUUUACCGUUGGUUCAAAAACAGAAACCUAAGCCAUCACACAGUCUUUGAUUAAUGAUUCAAUCUAGUUUUAUUUUGUUUUCUUUUUCUCCUCCUUACUGAAUUUUUAUAACUAUGGGCUUCAGUUCCAAAUGAAAUCCCCGUGUCACCUAUCUCAGAGAUUUAUAUUUCUUUCACUAAGCGACAUUUAGGAUGAGUUAAUAUUGUAUAGGUUGUCACAUUACCUUCCUCCAAGUAACCACUAGCCAGAUCUGCUACGGAAAGCACGCCAUAUAUUGGAACUUGCUGGGAGGUCUUCUGUGGUUGGAUUUUCAUCAGGAUUCUUAGGGGAAGAACACAUACAGAGUUGCUUAAUUUCUCUUGCUCUUUCUCUUGUUUUUAUCCUUCCUUAAUCUAAGCAGCUGAUGAAGCCUUGAAAAAUGCAAAGUCAAUGCAAUGUUUUCCUCACAUCUGUGUCCCAUCUAGGCUGUGUCUAGGACAUUCACCUCCCAUUUUUGAGUUAUAUACAAGUAAAUGUGCAGGUGCUGUUGCUAGCAUAUCUACAAAAUGCCAAAGACAGAAACAACAGAUGGCAUUUCUCUGUGCUCUGCAAUUCAAGCCGAGACUUUCAGCUGCCCAGCCCUACCCCUGUACACCAGGACAGCAAGGGCAAGGGCUGCCUUCCUCGUUCUCCUAGGAACUGGAGGCCAUUUCUCUAGCCAGAGCCUGUUCUCCCUCAUCUCUCUCCAGGGCACAGCACCAUACCCUGGCCAAGCUCAAACUCUUCUUUGCCUGUGAUAACUAUGGAAUUUUUUUCCUCUGGUUCCCAGAUCUCCAUUAUUUCAAAUCGAGGACCAGCCAGCACAUUUAAAAAAUGUUUUUAUUUAAACAAUAAAGGGUUUACAGACAAGACUGGUAUGCAUUUUCACGCCCUAGUUAACAAGAGCUGCAAAUAAUAACUCCAGUUGUUCAGCAAUUCUACAUGCAUUAUCUCCUUUAUCCUCUCAACAAUUCUGUGAUAUAUUUAUUAUCAUCCCUUUUAUAGAUGAGCAAACUGGAACUCAAUUGUUAUGUGACCUGCCCAAGUUGGAAUGUGACAGAGCUGGUAUUCAAACUCGAGCCUCUAACCGCAUGUCUGUCUGUUGCUCUUUCCUUGACAUUUCAGAUGUCUCCCUAGAGAACACGAGGCGCCAAACCCAUCCAGGCCUUGAAGGGCCUCCUGACCACUGCCUUGGUGGAAGUCAAAGGUCUAAGAGAAUUUGGCCAUUCUGU